ACAAAGUCCUCAUCUGGGCCCCAGCUGUUGGCCGAGAAUUUCUCAGGCGAUCGACAUUUACUUUUGGAAUCAACUUCGGCGACGUGUGGUCGGCCGUCGCCGGUGAAGACGAAAAUUCCAGUGAGAUGACACUGAGAGAGUUCCGACCUCCACAGAUCUAAUGGACAAUGCCUGCCGGCCUAUAGAAAGUUUAAUUUACGGUUCCGAACAAAAGGGCGUUGCUCUCAGAGCUUUCAUCCGCCGUCAUGGCUCUGCUAAUGAAUCUCUCGGUUCAUUCUUCGCCAUUUUACCUUCUUUUCCACCUGUUUCUCACACUUUCCCUUUAAUUUCUCUUCCAUCUAGUGUAGUUUUGGUUUAAUUUUCGAAAAUCCCAAAAACAUUUUUUCUGUUUUUUUUUGCCCUCCAAUCAAAUCCUAAUCUAGACAGGGAUUUUUGGUCUGAACACAAGGAGAGUCUUUCUGCUGUAGAUCUGGGGCUUCCUAAAGAUAAGGAUUCGAAUGUUUCAGUCGAAAGGAUCGGAGCCUCCAUCGAUAAUACUGGUGAAUCGAAGGUGUUAUGCUUGGUCUCUAACGCCGGAAUUUACAUCUCUGUAGAUUCAACGAAUCGAAUCGAUGAAGCCAUGCUUAUGGGGGUUUUAAUUAGCCGAGAAGAUCAAAUCCUUCCUGGGCAAUGGUUUGGAGGCAGGUGAAUCGUUGGAGGUAUGAUUGGUUACCAGUGCUGAAGGGUUUUCUCUCAGUGUGGGUUUAUCACUAGCCUGAGCUUGUCUUGCGGAAUCAAUGGGUGCGCUUUAGCAGGAAAGAGAAGUUCCUUCCUUGUUUCCGGCAGUACUUUACCAGAUUUCCUGAUGAACGAGACCCAAGGGGAGAGUUCUCCAGCUAUCAAAUAUGAAGAUGCGGUUGAGUGGUUAAAAGGUAGGUGGCUAAAUCAGUGGCUGUUCUGUAUGCUGGUUUGCUUUAAAUAUCUGGAUUGCGGUAAUUGUCUGGAAUAUGAUUUAU